CCGAGGCUAACGCUAUGAAGGGGCGUGGCUAGCAGUGCCUGGGCUGCCGCGCAGCUGUCAGCGCCGGCGGCUUCUGCCUCUGGCCGGGAAGAUGACUGUGGGGAUGUCGGCCGGAGCGCCCGAAUGCGCCGAGUGGAGCCGUGAGAUAUUUCCCUGCAAAUCCUCCUCAGACACCGAGACAGAAGAUGAGCAGCCUAGAAAAGGACUGGUUUUGCCCAGAGCUGGCAAACUCCGUGAGUUCCUCAGCUCAGAGGAGGAAACAGAUUACACUUCUGACUCCACUGGUAGCUUUUAUAGGACCUUACAGGUUCAAAAGCAGAACGGCAGGUGGUAUCUGGAGUCUCCCUUUCAGUCUGACCCAGACAGUGAUCAGAAUAGCUCUGAAGAUGAGGAAGACUUGGAGAGUUUCUUCCAAGACAAGCGCAGGGGGAAACCACAGGUUCAGGAUCCUCCAUCUCUCAGGUUUGGCUCCAUGAGGCGCUGCAGCUCCAUGACCAGCCUUCCCUCUGACAAUCCCAAGGUACAGAUCCCACCAACCUCAAAAUCUGGGCCUCCCUUCAAGCACAGAAGUGUCUGCUUCUGCCCUUCCUCCAUCACUGUCCCUCAGCCCUUCCUCAUGACACUGCGUGAGGCUGAGAAAAAAGCCCAGUGGCUGGCCUCACCUGCCUCUUUUGAGCAAGAGCUGCUGCAGGCCCAGAAACAGGGCCAGGAGGAGGCAGAGUGCUUCCGGCAGUUCCGGGCCCAGCCUGUGCCUGCGCAUGUCUACCUCCCGCUCUACCAGGAGAUCGUGGAGCGCAAGGAGGCACAGAGGCGUGCAGGGAUCCAGAAGAGGAAGGAGCAGCUUCUAUCUUCCAUGAAGCCCUUCAGCUUCCUUGAAAACAAAGAUCAGCAAAAGGAAGCUGCUCCACAGACAGACUCGGCUGCAGUGGCUCAGGCCAAGGUCCCCCCAAAGAAGAACACUAGAAGGAUCCCCAAGGCUAUACUGGAACCAGCCCUUGGGGACAAACUCCAGGAAGCGGAACUCCUCAGGAAAAUUCGAAUCCAUAUUCGAGCCAUAAACAUGCUCCAGAUGGCUUCGUCCCCUAUCAGCACUUCCAGCAGCCGGGCUCCCCGCACCGCUACCCGUACCCGGGAGGAAAAGCUGAGCUUUCUCCAGACCGAGUUCGAAUUCCGGCCUCGGGUGAACCCUGUGGUCCCUGACUAUGAGGGCCUUUACCAGGCUUUCCAGAAAAGAGCUGCCAAGAGAAGGGAAACCCGGGAGACAACUCGAAACAAGCCCUUCCUACUCCGAACUGCCAACCUGUGUCAUACUCCACGGCCCUGUGAUGCCACUACUGCUGAAGAGGGGAGGAUGAAAACCCAGAAGUCCCCUCAGCCAGCAGCUACCCCGCUGCCAAGAAGGCAUUCUCUGAGUGCUGUAGCUUCCUUUUCUGCCAACACCCUCCCUGUGCACAUCACUGAUGCUACCAGGAAGAGGGAAUCUGCAGUCAGAAUGUCACUUGAAAAAAAGGACAAAUCAGACAGCAUUCAGUGGUUGGAAAUGCACAAAAAGAACCGUCAAGCCAUGUCUAAAUCUGUGAUCUUGCGGGCAAAGGCCAUGGAUCCCCAUAAAAGCCUGGAAGAGGUGUUCAAAGCGAAGCUUAAAGAGAACCGGAACAAUGACCGUAAAAGAACAAAGGAAUAUAAGAAAGAGUUGGAGGAAAUGAAGAGAAGAAUACAAACAAGGCCCUAUCUCUUCGAACAGGUUACCAAGGUGCUUGCCAGGAAAGAAGCAGAAGCACACUACCGGGACACCCUGAGGCAGGCCGGCCUAGAGGAAGAGUUCGUGAAAACCAAGAGUCAAGGCACACAGGCUGUGCAAAACAAGGAGAAAGGCAAAGUCAAGGAUUCGCCUAGGUAAAGAGCCUGCUAUCAGUCCAUAGCUCUAACUUGCCAUCCUCAAUGAUGCCACUAGAGAAGUUACUCAUAACAACUUGUCCACACACCCCUACUUGUGAGAUGACAAAACCGCUUGUCUGACAGACCUCCUUAUAGCUAACUCCCUGGCAUCACCUCUUUCAUAAUUGAAAUAAGGCAAAGAAGUAAAGUAUUAUUGUUUCCUGUUUAAGUCCAAGUAAUUCCUGUUUUUAUUUUUAGAAUUCCAUUUCUACCAAAUAAAAUAAUAAAAAUGUUA